GGUCCGCAUCUCAGCUCCGCGCCACCCCGGAGCUGGGCCGGGGAAACUGAGGCUGGGGUCUGGUCGGGAUCGCCGCAGAGGUCCCCGGCCUCUCCCCAGCCGGGCUCCGCGUGCUGGCGCCUGGCGCACUCCGGACCCCAGGAGACGCUUUGUUCUCUCCGCGUAGUUUGACCUUCACGGCCCCGCCACCCCGACCUCCGCCGUUAGGGGCGCAGGGGGGGGGACCCCGGCUGUGUGGGCGGCGCCUCCCAGGCGGACGCGGGGACCCAGAAGUUUCCCCCGCGGCCUCUCUGGCCACUCAGACCCCACACCGCUCCUGACCCGAGCUUCCAGCCUGGGCCACCAGCUGCGGGGGUCUCCAGGUGACCCGCGCCUGCCCCCGGGCGCCGUCCCCGCUGCUCUCGGGCUCCGCUACUCCCUGACGAGCCGUCCCUGCGGGAGGCGACGGCUGCAGCGCCCGACUGAGGUGCAGAAGGAAAGGAGCCACAGGCAGAGCUGCCCGCUCCUGAGGGACAUCUUCGAGGUACUGAAGAACACAGGCCUCAGGUCUGUUCUGGUGGCCCCUGCUGAGCCAUGCCGGGCCCCCGCAGGCCUGCCGCAAGCCCAGCCCAGGGAGGCCGGUGGCCAUGAGUAGCCGCAGCCACAAUGGCAGUGUGGGGCGACCUCUGGGCAGUGGACCUGAAUCCCUGGGCUGGGAGCCUCUGGACCCUGAGGCAGGCUGCCCCCUGCAUCCUGCCCAAGGUCGAGGCCUGCAGAUGGUGGCCAAGGGCCGGCCUGCUCCAUUGUCACCUGGUGGCCCCAGGGGCCAUCCCCAGGAGCAGGAGGAGGAAGAAGAGGAGGAAGAUGCUUCCCGACUGGGUUCUAGGAAGCCCCCUACGGUCAGCCAUCGCCUGGGCCACCGCAGGGCCCUCUUCGAGAAGCGCAAACGCCUCAGUGAUUAUGCUCUUAUCUUUGGCAUGUUUGGGAUUGUCGUCAUGGUGACAGAAACAGAGCUGUCCUGGGGUGUGUACACCAAGGGGUCUCUGUUCUCAUUUGCGCUGAAAUGCCUCAUCAGCCUGUCCACUCUCGUCUUGCUUGGCCUUGUCAUCCUCUACCAUGCCCACGAGAUCCAGCUGUUCCUGGUGGACAAUGGUGCUGAUGACUGGCGGAUCGCGAUGACGUGGGAGCGAGUGUCCCUGAUCUCUCUGGAGCUGGCCGUGUGCGCCAUCCACCCGGUGCCCGGCCACUACCGCUUCACGUGGACGGCGCGGCUGGCCUUCUCCCUGGUGCCGUCGGCGGCCGAGGCGGACCUGGACGUGCUUCUGUCGGUCCCCAUGUUCCUGCGCCUCUACCUGCUGGCGCGGGUCAUGCUCCUGCACAGUCGCAUCUUCACGGACGCGUCCAGCCGCAGCAUCGGGGCCCUCAACCGCGUCACCUUCAACACGCGUUUUGUCACCAAGACCCUCAUGACCAUCUGCCCGGGCACCGUGCUGUUGGUCUUCAGCAUCUCCUCCUGGAUCGUCGCUGCCUGGACAGUGCGCGUGUGUGAGAGGUACCAUGACAAGCAGGAAGUGACCAGCAACUUCCUGGGAGCCAUGUGGCUCAUCUCCAUCACCUUCCUGUCCAUCGGCUACGGAGACAUGGUGCCGCACACCUACUGUGGCAAGGGCGUGUGUCUGCUCACCGGCAUCAUGGGAGCAGGCUGCACCGCGCUGGUGGUGGCUGUGGUGGCCCGGAAGUUGGAGCUCAGCAAGGCCGAGAAACACGUGCACAACUUCAUGAUGGACACGCAGCUCACCAAGCGGGUCAGAAAUGCCGCUGCGAAUGUUCUCAGGGAGACAUGGCUCAUCUACAAACACAGCAGGCUAGUGAAGAAGCCAGACCAAGGCCGGGUUCGGAAACACCAGCGUAAGUUCCUCCAAGCCAUCCAUCAGGCUCAGAAGCUGCGGAGUGUGAAGAUUGAACACGGGAAAGUGAACGAUCAGGCCAACACGCUGGCCGACCUUGCCAAGGCGCAAAGCAUCGCGUACGAAGUGGUGUCCGAGCUGCAGGCCCAGCAGGAGGAGUUGGAAGCACGCCUGACGGCCCUGGAGGGUCGCCUGGACGCCCUGGGCGCCUCCCUGCAGGCCCUGCCAGGCCUCAUCGCCCAAGCCAUAUGCCCUCUGCCACCUCCAUGGCCAGGGCCUGGCCACGCGGCCCUAGCCACCCAGACCCCACCGGGCCACUGGCUGCCCGCCAUGGGGUCGGAUUUCGGGUGACUGCCUGCUGGUCACCAGACUGCUAAAUCUUGGCCAUCAUGUGGCCACAGCUAGCUCCUCAUCAUUCUGGACCGCUGGAUUUUCAGGCGUGGGAGGAGCUGAGCCGGGACACCUGGCAUUCAUCCCUCUGAACUGGACUGGGAGCUUGCUGGGCCCCUGGCUAUCCUAAGCCCCAGGAGGGCAGAGAGGGCAGCAGGGGCCCCUUGUCGUUUCUUAGUAAAUCAGGAGACACCAA